AUGGGCGGGCGGCAGUGGUGGGAGAAAGAGAAGGAGAAGAAGAAGCGGAAGCAUAAGAAGAGCAAGCACCAUGGCGAGAAGGAGAAGAGCAAGCACAAGUCCAAGUCGAAGCGCAAGGCCAAGGACGACGAGACCAAGGAGACGGGCGGGGUCGAGGCAGCCGCCGCGGCAGGCGCGUCGGGCUCUGCAGGCCUCACGGCGGUGUCCAAGGUCCGGUGGCGGAAGGGCAACUUGCUGGGCCAGGGCGCGUUCUGUUCGGUCUAUCUCGGGUUGCAUCUCGAUACGGGCGAGCUGAUGGCGGUGAAGGAGAUUCUCAUUUCAGAGCACAAGUCGCGGGUGAACAACGUGAUCAAGGAGGUGCGGCUGCUGUCCAAGCUCGACCAUCCGCACGUGGUCAAGUAUCUGGGGACGGACUUUCAGGACAACGUGCUGUUUGUGUUUAUGGAGUAUGUGCCCGGCGGGUCCGUCGAGUCAAUGCUCUCCAAGUUUGGCCCGUUCCCGGAGGACCUGACGAAGGUGUACGCGCGGCAGAUCCUCACGGGGCUCGCGUACCUGCACUCGUGCAACAUUCUGCACCGCGACAUCAAGGGCGCCAACGUGCUUGUCUCGAACGACGGCAUUGUCAAGCUCUCGGACUUUGGCGCUUCCAAGGAGAUCGAAGAGCUGACGCAGGGCGAGAACAUGUCGGGCACCGUGACGGGCACCCCGCUGUGGAUGGCGCCCGAGGUGGUGCUGGAAAAGGGCUACGGCAUGAAGUCGGAUAUCUACUCGUUCGGCGCAACAGUGCUGGAGAUGCUCUCGGGCAAGCCGCCCAACCCGCACCUCAAGAACUUUGCGGCGUUGGUGAGGCACUGGGACCGCGAGACGCCCGUCGCCAUCCCCACCAACAUCUCGCCUGCCGCGCAAGACUUUCUCUCGCGCUGCCUCAUGAUCAACCCGGACGAGCGCCCCUCAGUCCACGAGCUGCUCGAGCACGAGUUUGUCCGCGACGUCGACGAUGUCGGCACAGUCCCGCUGCCGUCGGCCGGGCCGGUGUUGGCCGAACCCGCGACGCCGUCUUCGGCGCCCAGCUCGGCCCACGGCUCCAAGGCCGUCACGCCCGUCACCUCUGGCUCUGGCACGGGCUCGGGCACAGACUCUGGCUCUGGCUCUGGCUCUGGCUCUGGCUCUGGCGAGGCCCGCGGAGCGCCAGAGUCGACCGCGGCGCCGACUUCGGCGUCGGCGUCGGCAUCGGGCCCGUCCAUCGCCGACUGGGGCCGCGCUGUCUUCCGCGUCCUUGUCGCCGACGCCAACGAAGCGUCACUGGCCGCCACCUCGGACGCGUUCGAGUCGUUUGGCGCCACCGUGGUCCGGGCUCUCGCCCCGCCCGACGCCUCGGCCGCUCUUGCCACCGGCGCCGCCUUUGAUCUCUUCUGCAUCGACGAAAAGUUCCCGGCCAUGGGCGAUCACGCCUUUGUCCACUCUAUCUCGGGCCUUGGCCUCGCCCUCACUGUCCGCUGCAACCCGGCGCUCAAGGGUGUCAAGCUCAUCUUCACUUCGGCCGACGUCAAUGGCUUCAACCUGCCCAAGACGCUCAAGGCUGUUCUCCAGAUGGAUGCCCUCAUCUCCAAGCCCAUCGAAGCGUCGACUCUGUUUGACACGGUCGCCGCUCUUGUCGGCCCGGCAUCCUAGUCCCCCCGCGGCUCUCCACCGAACAAAAUUGUCUCGCGUGAUUGUGUGGGCUGGCGGGAGGGGGAGGGGAGGG